AUGGCAAAACGACCAGCCCGCGGGGCUCACGGUCCCCCAGAUUCUAGGAAGCGGCAGAAGCUGGCGCGCGAUCCGCCCACGUCUGAGGACGUAACUACUAGUCGCCAGUUGAAGAAGUUACUCGAGUUUCACCAGGAUGCGAGGGAUGCCCGUCAUGGCAUCCAUUCGCUCAAGCGCCUCCUGGACGCCAUCGUGGCGAACAAGGAGAACGAGGAGGAACUGUCCAUCUUGGCCGGGUAUCUCGAGGCCGUAAGUCCCACGGUCGAAGGACCCGAUGCGGUCCAUGUGCCCGAGAUCAUGACCAUGUGGUCCUUUGGCGCAUCCAUGGGCAACGACGACUUAUUGUCCGAAGCGGCCGCCGUGCUGGCCCUGCUCCUGCAAGCCACCUCUCUCAGCCUGGGACUCCUCCCCUACGGCCGCGGCAUCUGCGAGACCCUGCUGCAGGAAAAGCAGCUGAAGCUCAUCGCCCGGAACCUGUCGGCCGACAAGGACAAGGGCUUCGCCUCGACGUUGACCGAGCUAACGCGCAACUUGGACAUCCGGUUCCGCGGCGACGGCGUCGAAGAUGCGCGGAAACCGUCGGUGCGGUCGAACGCGGCGCGGUUCCUGCUCGCCGCCCUCAAGGACGUCGUGGGCGAUCACAAGAUCUCGACGGCGACCAAGGCUAGGGUCUUUUGGGUGAGGUUGAUGGAGCGCCUCGCCGGCCUCUACACCUACGCCUACGACUCUGAGGACGCCGAGGUCACGGUGGCCGCCAGGGUACAUGAUUUCCUCAUGCUCACUUGCACGACGCCGGCUGCUGGCAUCCUCUCCAAGUGCAACGGGCUCUACCCCAACUCGAUCAAUCUCGACGACUUUUCGGCUGGCGACUUCUUGUGGUCCGACAUGGGUCUAGAGCAACUAUCGUGGAUGGACCAGUACACGACGGAUGUGACGAUACGGAAUGCCGCCCUGCUCGAGGUGGCGCUGAAAUUGCGGCCGUGGGCGAGCGUCCAGCAGUGCGAGCUUCUCGUAACCAUCUUUAAAGCCGCGCCCGAGAUUGUCCACGUCUAUUUCCUCGAACAAAAGUCAUUCACCUUUGACCCCAAGUUAUCAAUGACCAUCAUCCCUCCUCCCCUGACGCAAAACGCCCUCGUCCGCUGCUUCGAACCGAAAUGGCCCCUCGUCUCCCUCUUUGCCGCCCGCAUCCUCGUAUUAGCACUGGAAAAGAUGGACACCGUCCUGGCCAUGCAUCACGAAGCAGCCGCCGGACGCCAGAACUCGCCAUGGCAGCACGCGUCCAAGAAGUUGGUCAACGACUUUUGCCAGCGGAUCCCGGACUUGAAGGACGUCGUGAGGUGGUACAAGAGCAUACCCGACGACAGCAUCUUGUGCAAGGCCACCGCGAGCCAGCUCCUCGCCAUGUACUACAGAGUGCUACCGCAGGUGGCGCUGGCGGCGAACUUUGACGUCUCGCCUUUCCUCGCCAAAGCCCUCGCGUCGCUCGACAAUCCGUUUGAGGAGCCCAAAGACAAGGAACUCGUGCUGACGGAGCUGGAGAACUUGCUCGAAGCGGCGAGCCUCUCUCCCGGCAUGAGGUGGUUUUCCAAGCUACAGGGAUUCCCCUCGUCCCCUUUUAUAGUGCUUCUCAAGCUGGCGAGCACUGAGGCGGGUACCGGGUCGUCGGAUACGCUGAGGGCUAUCCUGGAGUCGGUUGCCGUGGAGCAUCAAAUCGUGCUUCGCGACACUGGCCUCGGGCCUGCGUACCAGGCCGCUCGCGCUCUCGCAAAGGCUGAUGCGGGAGGCUCGGCAGACGGUGUUUGGGCUCUGCUCGACAACUGCGUGACCAAGUGCGCGGCGUCUCCCAUCAAAUACCUCGAUCUCGUGCCCGAGUAUAUCGGGGACGCGCGUCAGUCCGACGAGGAGGUUAGCGUCAGUCUCUUGACGUUUACCUUGGCCGAGCAGCUUCCCUUUGCAGUCAAGUCCGCUUCGAACGCCGACCUUGCCACCAUUGGCAGCUAUAUCUCAGCAUAUCUCGGGUAUUCGAUUGAGCGGGGUGAAAAUAAGAAGUGGGUCAAGCAGCUGGUGAAACGGAUGAAUUCGAGCCUCGCCGAGAAGGAGGUCAAGAUUGAACUUCCCAAAGUGUCCAAGGAGACGAAAUCUAGCAAAUCCAAGAGGAAACAAGCGGACGACGAGAACGGCGACGGCAUAAAACAACAAACUUCAACCACAGGCUACCUCAAGGGCACAACCACGUCCAAGGCCCAGCCCAUAAGCCCUGCUCAACUGGAAGAAGUCCUUCACGAGCCGUUUACGGGGCUCGAGGACAACUCGGCCCUCACUCGAUGGGUCAACAAGGGCAUAGACGACAAUCUCGAAGAUGGUCACGCCGUAGCGCUUAUCCGCCUCCUAGGGUCGGAACACAGCAGCAUCCGCAUGGAAGCCCUCACCAACGUCCUCAAGCUCGCCGCUAAAAUCCGAGAGUCCACGCACUCGGAGCGCGACCAGCUCUGGCUCCUCCUCUCCGAGCUCGCUGAAUCGGCCCGCCCGCUGGUCAACAAGUACCUCACGCGAGCCCCCGUCUGGCCCGCGGGCAAGAUCCCGAUGGUGCACGAUAUACUCCACGGGGAACCCUCCGAGGAUGACAGGUACUACGUGGAGCUGGCGUGGCUGUUCGGGUACCUGCUCGACUGCCUCCAGCGGCCCGGCGACAUGGCCGUGUUCCACCAGACGCGGUGGCUGGAGAAGGUCCUCGUCAGCGCGUGCAACCCUUACAUGAGGCCCGCGCUGCGAGCUAGGGUCUUCCGGCUGCUCUACCGGGCGACCUGCGCCGAGGUCGCGGGUAGCACGACCUUGGUGACGCGCUUUGGGGUGAUGAGCUGGCUAGAGGCGCUGGCGGCGGGUUUGGAAGACGAGGGCGAGAAGGCGGUGGCCAUGGCCUUGAUGGCGAGGGUGUGGGAGACGUGCGAUAGGAAACACGUGGGGACCUGGAGCAGGGGAGGGAUCCCGGCGCUGAUGGGCGAGGAGGGCCGGAUGGAGCCAGAUAAGGCAGCUGAAGGCGUCGUUGCAUAA